AAUAUAUUUGUUUUAGUAAAUACACACAUUUUUAAAAGACAAAAAUAAAAAAUCGUCAUUCUUACUUUUCCUUUUUGUUUUGGAGUGGCAAAAAAAAAAUGAACUCUGAAAAUUCUAAUGAUGAUGUGCCAGUCGAAUUUGACUUCAGGGGAGAUGCAGCACCAACAUCCAUGGACCCCUAUUGUGAUGAUGUGAUAAGCGAUCGUCAACAAAGUAUACUAAACGAACUGAGAAUACAUUUUUGUCGUGAAGAUUUAAUCUACCUAAAUAAUCAUAAAGAAGUAGAAGCGAUAGUGUCUCUCUUGCUUAAUGGCAUCCUAAAAAAAUCACCGAAGAACCCAUACACAUAUGCUGCCAGUUACUUGAAAAAUCCGCAGACUGCCAAAUUGAUAGCUAACUUCAAGCGGUUCGAGGAUUUUCAGUAUGAGGACAUUUUAAAAAAAGAUUACGAACAAUAUGCGACAACGGCAGCGGCAGUAACAAUAGCUGGUACUGAACAGGUUGAGUCAAUGCUCACUUUAAAUGAACAGACUGCAGUUUCGGAAAAUGAUGAGGUAAAUGCGAUAGUGGACAAAUAUGACUUAUUACCAAGUGAUGGAGAAACCGACGUGGCGACGGAUGAAGAAGCUGAGAUGGCGGUUUCUCAUAAAGAGUGACGAGCGUGCUUAUUUACUUGCAUCUAAUAAUUUAAUAAUAUUGUUCUUCACUACACAAUAUAAAUAUAGGAUAAAAAAACAAA